AGUCGAGUCUGCGAACAUCACCAAAAAACUAUAGCAGGCAACGCGCGAAACCUUUUGUGAUGAUAAUAAACCGAACCGUGAAUUUAGUUUUCAUUGUUGCAACUUAAUCAAUGUUGUUCGUAUUCGUUUGAAUUUUUAAUGUUCAAAGCGGGUAACGACUACGUUCACCUGCUGAUACAAACUAGGUUGCAUUAUGUUUAACAUUCAUCUGUAAAGUGUCGGUCGGCCCACUGUGAUAGUGUGUGUGUGUGUGCUAACGAUACAGUUUUACCCUAUUUUCCCAAUUAAUUCUAUAUUGCCGACAUGUAUACGAAUGGGAACAGGUUCAAUUCAUCUAAUUCUAAGCGGAAGCUUGAAAAUGGCAUUGAUGAAGCCAGUGGAGCAAUGCCAUCCAAACAACAAAAUUAUGGUGAAAGUCUGAAUAUUUCAAGAGCCAAACAAUUAGAGUACUCUGAUUCUAAAUCGGGGUCCACAAAGCAGUCUAGUUACGGCGACUAUGGUGCCGUUCAGAAGCAAGCCUCUUUUAGCGAACUCCUUACUGCUACUGUUAAUCAAAUACAUGAUUCCAACUCCUCAAGCAGAGGGAGUUCAGUGAAACAUCAUGGCUAUGGUGAUGGGAAUAGCACUUUUUCAAAAACACAAUCAUCAAGUCAGUCCAGUUACGGAGAUAAUAUUUCUUCGUUAAAUAAGCAACAUCCAGUCUUAGCUCAACAAAACCGUGACAGUGUUGGGAUUGGUGCAAGUCCUGCUAAACCAUACAUAUCGCCCAACCAAUAUUCUUAUGAAUCAUUAUGUAUUCCGCCACCUCCUCCCCCAACUCAGGGACCAAUGCAACAAUUUGGUUUUAAGCAUGAAGCACUUAGUCAAAGUGGAUACCAAACUCCCUCAUACCCAAUGGGCCCUGGUCGCUUUGGUCAGCAUAAUGGUAUGGCUGGACAAGGUCGUGGUUGGAAUCAGAGAGGACGCCUGCCAAUGAGAGGAUUCCGUGCAAAUCAGUGGCCUCCACCAGGUCCUCCACCUGGCGCUGCAGGGCCAAUGGUUCACCCUCAUAUGGGUCAUCCAGGGCAUAUGGGGGUUCCUCCUUUGUUACCUCAAGUACCAUUCCACGCCCCACACAGAGGGUACUAUGGAGGCCACCUUGGACCUCGCCCUCCACCUUUGUUUGGUCAUCAAGGAAACCAACAUGGAGGUCGAAAUCAGGGUGGACAUCAGGGGCACCAUCAAAAAUCAAAAAACAAGAAAAGACAGGAAGAAUCAUCUAGCUCUCAUGAUACUACUACAAAUGAAACCGGUCCCAACAAAAAAGGAGGUGUAUUACUUGGGGCUGAUAACAAGCAAGUUCAAUCCAAAACAAGGAAGAGAGCAGUAGUUCAGUCUUUCCCUAGUCGCCCUUGGAAUAGAGAAGAUGCUGAAAAGGCAUUAAAAAUAGAAGUAGAAACCACAAUCAAUCUAAAAAAUGAGAGCUUAAUUAUUAGAUUCCCUGAUCCUGAACUUUCUCGUGACAUUGUGAAAGCAUAUCAUCCUGGAAUUAUGAAUGUUCAUUUUCAAGUCCCAAGUGGUCCAAGAUAUUGCUUUGUACAGCUAGCACCAGAUGUCAAUACUGAAAAAGUUAUAAAAGUUCUUGAAAAUAUCAAAUUUGGUUCUGGACAUCUAUCUGUCGAGAAAAAAAGUACAAAACAGGAGGAAGAAGCAUCUCCAGAAUCUAUUGAUCCAUAUACAUUGUAUAUUGGUAAUCUACCAACCAAUGUGAACAUCCAAACUGUCAAAGAGAAGUUUCCGGAGGCUGCGAGAGUUGAUGUAGGUUUUGCUCAGCGAAUGCGAUAUACAAGGUAUGCCUUCAUCAGAUUCAAUUCAGUAGAUGAAGCUAUAAAAGCAUAUAAAGAAAACCACAAUCUUGUUUUGGACUCUCGUAGUAUCAUUGUUAGAUUCCGAAGACAAAAGGGCCAAAUUGAUCUACCAGGGGAAUCUAAACCACAGCAACCUGCAAAAGUUAAUGUUCGAACUGCUGACACCAAAAAGAAGGAAGAGGAGAAAAAGAGUGAAAACUCUAAGAAAGAGACCAAGCAAACUGAAGAGGAUGAAAAAGAUGAGGAAGAGGAGGAAGAUGAUGAGGAGGAUGAAGAAGACAAUGUUGAUGAUGACGACGAUGAUGAUGACGAUGAUGGAGAAGGGGAGGCUGAAGAUGAUGAUGAUGACGACGACGAGGACGACGGCCGAAAGCCACUCCAAGACGAUGACGAUGAAGAUGAGAAGGGUGGGGGCCCUGCUCUACCACCUGAUGACGAUGAAGAUGACGAUGACGACAACAUUUUCCGAGAAUUAGAUGCCCACCUUGGAGGGUAUGACGGGGACGGGUUCCCAUUCAAUUUUUAAUUGAUAAUGUACCGAUUACCUUUAAGGGUUGCAAAUGCAAACAGCUUGAUAUGAAUCAUGGUAAUUUUCUGUUCCUUCAGAAGGUACACAUAUACAAUGCCCCAGGAGAACUGUGCAAUUUUUGAUCUAGAUCUUAGAUUAAAAAAGUUAAAGUAUCUCUUCCUCGGUAUCUCUUCCCUCUGCAUCUUUUUACUCCAGUCCCUAUUUUGUUGCUUGUUCUGUUUUGGUUGGUUUGGGAAGAAAUUAUAUGAUAUUUCACAAGUUGUUGAUGUAAUGUCAACUUUACAGAUCAUUCUCAGAAUUUAUAGCUUACCUAUAAAACAAAAAAUGAACUAAUUCUGUAAUCAAUUUCUUAAAGUUUCGGUGAAAACACUUUAAUGUAUGGAGCAUAUUUAAAGGUUUUUGUAUUUUGUGUCUAGGUGCUUUUAUUUGUUUGAGGGCUGUGUAUGGAUGUUUUGUUUUAUGUUGGUCUCAACUGUUUGGUUAAUUAGUGGACAAAUCUUGGAACAAAUCAAAAAAUCUGAAUGCCAAACAGUACAACUGUUUUUGUGCAUAAACUUGAAGGUUGCCUUUCAUUUACCAGAAUGUUCUACCAUAUAUGUAUAUGUUUAACAAGGGUUCUUGUAUUCUAUUAUGUCUGUAUAUUGCCAAUUUACUGUACUUCUAAAUUGUCUUCUCCACUUAAUGGAAACUUUUUGUUGAAACAUCAUUCUUUUUGGGGUAGUGCCAGUGAUAUGGAAUAUCAGUUUUCAUUACGAUCAUCAUCAUCCCCCACCAUCAUCACCAUUACUAUAAAUUAAUGAAUGUGCUUUAAUGAAUUUGCUCAUCCAUAAUUUUCAUUGACUUCACCUCAGAGGUAUUAUUUUACCUCUUUUUGCACUUUGCACUGCUGUAAUUUUGAUCUGUAAUCACAGGUUAAAUAUCUUUUCUGACAAAAAUUAUCUAAAAAACUAUCUUUACUGUCAGCUAUAUGUAGUUUUCUGGACCAGUAUACCAUUUCCUAUUUUGUUUAAAUUUUCUUGCUUGUUGUUAAAUUUUAUGAUUGUAUUUUAGGAAGUAUUGAACUGUCAACUUGGUGUUGGCAGUAUCAUUAUCUGUGAUGUAAGCCUGUGCUCUCUUAGUUGCUUUCCUUUUUAUAUUUUUUUAGUUCUAUAGUUCUAAUGUUUUGGGGAUCUAAACUUGGAAGUUUGGUUAUUGCAUUGCGUCUGCCUGUUUUCUUUAGAUAUCUCUCUUAUUUCAAGGGUGGUUCUUCUGUUGUGAACAUAAUUACUUACUAUUGUCCACUUCCAUGAGUUUCUGCUUUUAACUCUCCCUGUUUUUUUAUUACCAGUGAUCUCAUUUUAGUUACAUUUUGUUUGUAAACUAUGAGAGUGUUGAAAAUUAUGUAUUUACUAUGUACUACAAGAUAUGUUGAGAAAGUACUGUUUUUUUUCUGCUAAUGAGAAACAUUCCUGAACUAUAUAACCAUGCCUGGUCACCUUGUUGAAGCUUCGUUUUUUAACUGAAAUUAAAUUUGAUACAUAGUUGCAAUAAAUUACAUCUCAAACAUUGUUCUAGUAUACAGUUGUUCUAUCAGUUGAUGUAAUUUUUCAUUAACUGUUUACAAAUAAGUGUAAUAAUUUUCAUGGAUAGUUUGCCAAAUCAGCUAGUUCAUCUAUUGUAGUCUUUUCAUAUUUUACCAUUGAUAGGUAGCUGGAGGACUGUACCAAAUUAAUUUUUGUCAUCUUAAACAUAUCAUUUUAACUUGCCAUUAAAAUUAGAAGAAUCUGUGAAUGGUGUAGCAGAGAUUUCCCCUCAUGAGCCGUUUUAUUGGUGAAGUUUUAAUAUUUUUGUGUUCUUACCCGCCACUUUAGUGUUUUCAUGAACUAAUAAUUCCCCACUAUUUAUCAACACUCUUUCAAAGGCAACAUUUAGAAGAUUGAUUGGUUUUAAUGAUUAGUGACUGGUACAGUCUUAUCUGUAGUCUAAGUUUUAAUUUUUCCUAAUGUACAAAGUAGAAAUAAGUAUAAAAUAGAGAAUGCCUUGCAUGACUCUAUGUAUUCAAGUGUCACCAGUGGUUGUUUUUCCUUCUUUUCUUUAUUUUUUUCUUGUUUUUGACAAUUCUGUACAUAAUUAUUUUUUAUUUGAAAAGAUCUAUUUUUUUCAAUCGAUGAUGCCCUUUGUCCUUUAUUACCUAGUUUUUCUUUACUAUGAUGUAAUUGUUGCUUUCAAAAUACAUGUGAUGAACUUGGAAAAAGAGUGGUUCUAGGAAUCAUUAUUUGUCCAAGCUCUGUCUACCUUGUAGGGUACUACCUAUUUGACACACUUACAUACUUUGUAUAAAAAUGUUUUGGCUUUCAAAAUCUCUAGAUGUGUUUAAAUGUCUGUACUAGUGCCUUACAAAACAAGAUACUGCUGAAGAGAGCAAUUUGGAUGUGUGUCAGGUGUGCUUUCAAGAUUUGUUUCCUUUCACAUGUCAGGACUGAUCAUGUGGUGUUAAGAGAUUUAAAUUUGUCAUGAACUUAACAGAAACUAAAAUUAAGGUAUUAUUACUAUGGUUAAGUGCUUUUAGAUUGUGUUCUUAUUUAAGAUCUUGGCUUUUUUUAAGAGUGAACCAGACAGACAUUUGAAAAUUUGGAGUUGGAAUUUACUGAUUUAGCAGUUUUUCUAUGUAUUUGUUCAACAGUAUUAAAACUACAGUAAUGCUCUCAAUACCUCAA